GCUAACAAGUGGUUCAUGUACUUGAAUUCAUAGAUGUGUAAUAAGCUUGUAUUACAUUAUUUUGUUCAUUAUUUUGAAAAGUAAGAACCGGAAAUAGCGUCUAUUUUAUUUUGGUCAGUAUGACAACAGUUUCGUUGUACAGAGUUUGACACCAGUCUUAUCAGUUGCGUGCCUGGCUGUUUCUCUGCCGCCUGCUGAGAGUCAGUAGCUGUUGUAUCGCUUGCCACUACUCGAAUGCAAACUGAGUAACUUUAAGAUAGCUUCGUAACGAUACUGAACACUUUAGGAGUGAAACACAAACUGCUUUCUACUUGUUGCACGUCUCAAUGGACACUGCUCAGAAAAUGAUGUCCGGAUUUUCUCUGGACCUGGGACCCUUGAAAGAACCUCUUGGAUUCAUUCGUGUCCUAGAAUGGGUCUUCACCAUCUUUGCCUUUGCCACCACAGGAGGUUACUCUGGCACAACCCACUUGAAAGUCCCCUGCCCAGGCAAGGAUACGCUGGAUGUAUCAGCUGUGUUUGGCUACCCGUUCAGGUUGCCGGCGUACCCAUAUAAGAUACCGACUUGUAACGGUAGUACAUCCAAUGAGACCUUCCUGCAGGGCGACUUCUCCUCCUCGGCAGAGUUCUUUGUGUGUGUCGGUGUGUUUGGGUUCCUUUAUUGCACCGCCACACUGAUCCUCUACCUGGGCUACCAGAAUGUCUACCGCCAGACCACCCGUGGUCCCAUUGUAGACCUGGUGGUGACUGCUGCUUUUGCCUUCCUCUGGCUUGUGUCCUCCUCUGCCUGGGGCAAAGGCCUGACUGAUGUCAAAUGGGCUACCAACCCAAACCACCUAGUGGAGAUAUGCAAGGACGUCUGUCAGCCAGGAGAGUUUCCUUCCAUGGGCCGCCUCAAUGCCUCUGUGAUAUUUGGCUUUUUGAACUUGAUCCUGUGGGCAGGUAACUGCUGGUUCAUUUACAAGGAGACUCCUUUCCACAAGGAUCCCCUCCCACCAGCCACCAUGGAGGAAGGAGGGGCCCCCGGGCCUUAGCCACAUCACUGACGGUCGUCAAGCAUAGCCCUGCGUCAACAGAGGAAACAUGCCCAACACUGGUCUCUGAUGUUAACCUGCAGAAAUGGAAACAAAAGAACGCUAAUUGUCCUAAAUACCCCCCAUACCUCCCAACACCUAUCAGAGCUAUUUUUUUUUAAGUUGCUCAUCUUCAACUAAAGUAGUCCCCAGUGUCUGACCAACCCCAUGCUCUUUUUUAUUGUUCUUUUCAAAAUCUGUCAUCACUGUAUGUAGGGCAGGGAGAUAAAGAGAAAAUCAAAAAUCACAAUAUUUUUGACCAGUUACCUCAAUACCGAUAUUUAGACUAUUGUAGGGUUGACUAACGGUGCUUUCACAAAAUACCUACAAAAUAGAUUUUUGAUAAGUUACCAUCAGUAAUGUGGAUGUUAUGACGUAUUGGGUAAAGGCAGAUAAUAGAACAGCUCGACCAGUCUGGUAAGUUCAGAGAAUAACAUUACUUUACCGUAAUGUAGCCUUUAAAACCAGGAAAUUACCAUGUUACAACAUACAAAAUCUUGAUAUAAUAUCAGUAUAUUGCCCAGUCCUGUAUGUAUUUGGUGUUGAGAUCAGCAGGCAUAUGAUGCAAUUGCUUCCACAUUAGCACAAUGUCCUCCCUUGAUGUCUCCCCUUCAGGGAGCCACCUAGUGAUGAAAUUGUGAUGUAAGAACCCAGAAUGUCUUCUGGUCUUUCACGAGGGAAAAGGUAAAUGAUUAACAGAAGGUAAAAGUAAACAGCCCUCAUUUCCAAUCAAAGCAGGUGUUCCCCUAAGAAACAAAAUUCAGAAGCAGACUUUUUAGGUGGGAGCAAAUGCACACCUGGGGUUCUCUCUGAUAAAGGCUUGCUCUUCCUCCAUGUAAUCUGGAAGAGAGAGUGUUACAGUGCAGAUUCCAUACUGUAAUUCUAAACAUGUCAGUCACUGUAAUUUCAAUAGAUAAGUCAAUGCUUCUUUUCCUCCAGUCAAAGCAACAGCUGCUGUAUAAUGGGACUAGGGGAUAUGUCCUCUUCUCAAGUCACCAGACCAUCUAACUAUGAAAUAAUUGGCAAGUCCUUCCCCCACCAAUGCUCUAAUCUACUGACAUGCACACACACACACACACACACACACACACACACACACACACACACACACACACACUCAAAUAUGCUUUAUAACCCCACACUUUGAUUUUCUUGAGCUUAAAAAUAAUAUACACUAAGUAAAAAGAUUUAACACUAAGUAUAAAUAAUACACACUAAUUAGAAUAAAUGCACACUGAGUUAAAAAAAAAAAUAUCACACUACAAUCUACUGCACUCCUCUGUCCCUCAAAUGGGGGAGCAGAGACUUUAAGUUUGAAAGUGUCCUUUUGGAUGAUGUUUCAGGAUGGUUGUGACAGUGUCUGUCACAGUCUUGUUUAUUUUCAGCCGGUAUUGAGAACAAGGCAGGUUCUCUACAUGUUUACUCAGUGGAAGUGACUGAUUGAUGUCAGGCCAACCCAUGUUUAGUUCCUGUUUGAUUCAAAUGUUACAUUGACACUACUCUAUAACACUAAGACCCGUUCUUGUUUGAACUCUGUUUUGCAAAAGGUUAUUUAUAUACAGUUCAUAUGUAUUUUAUCUACAUUAAUUGGUCCAUUGCAUAUUUUAAAGAGCAAUGUUGGGUUGUCUGUUAAUUUGCCAAUGCAAAAACUGUCAGUGUGCAGCUUCUCCUUAAUUUUUUUGUAAUGCUGUCAGAUUUGCUGUUAAAUUUGUUGUACCACUGAAUAGCUUUAGGCUUAAUCUUUUGAUGAUAAAUAGUUAAAGUAACAAAAGUGGCAAAUGUGGUUGCCAGGUUUAUGUAAUCUCACUGUAAUGACUCCUGCCCAUAGUUCUGCUCUACAUGUAACUUUACAGUCAAUGCCUUACAUUACAAGGUUUUGUAUUGAACUCCUACAGUGACUGUUGAUGACUCUUUGUCAACUUAUUGAUUAUUUGCAUUGCACUAAGAGAGAUCUAAUUAUCUCUAUGAAGUAACUGUUUUGAGUUAUUGGGCCAUCUGUGCAGCUGUUUUAUUUCACCGCCAUAGCCUCUGUAGGGAAUAAAUGAGGUUCUGUUUGAGUCACUAAAGUAAAGUAAUAUAUUUUCCACAACAUCUUGAAAUUAGACACAUAUUUUUCACAGGAUGCUUUAUCAUUUUUAAAAGAUAAAUCUUUGUUUAAGUAGAGCAGAGUAAUAUGAGGAAUGUUUAUGUAAUGGAUUAUUGAAAUCUGACUUCAUGUAUUUUAUGCCUUGUUUGUGCAAAAGGAAACAAUGGUUUAUCUUUAUUGAUGUGUUAAACAUGAAUGCUCUAACUGCUG